AGUCAGUCAGCUACUGGAUAUCGUCCGAGUGCUGCUCCACUCUCGUGCACUUGCAUGCUGAACGUGCUCGCGUGAUGUCGAUCCAUCAAUCGUAACAAUUCAACAACGAUACAUUCGAGGGAAACACAUGCCCAAAUUUUGGAAAUUCAUCGUCCUAACGACGAAUACGCUGUGCCGGGUCAGCAUCGAUUCGCGCUUGAGAGACUCGCUCCACGUGGCUGAUUAAUUGAACGUGGACUCGGAUAAUUUGCCGAGAUAUUAAAUCGAUUUAAUAGUAGCGAACCGAUGAUGAUCGCGUUCGGGAUGUUACCACGCGACGUACUGACUAUCGCGAUGAUGACGACAGGUCUCGUCGUCGCUGUCACCAGCGGUGCACCUACAAAUUCAGACACAGAGGAUUACGAGAUGUUCGCUGACAAAGAUGCGCAAUCUACCGAUAAAGAUUUCUCUAAUGCAGGAGAAGUAAGAUGCUAUUGUAAUCAACCAGAAUGCGUUCCUCAAGGAUACAUGUGUCGUGGUAGGAGUUGUUUUACAAAAUUACCAUCGAACGCAAAUGCAUUAUUUUCGAGAGCGGAGCAUACUGCUCACAGCGGUUGUUUCGAUGAAAAUUUGAUGAAUCGUCAGUGCCCCGCAGGAUUUCUCUGCUGCGAUCAAGAUCUCUGCAAUCACGUGGACAGCCCCGCGAUGAGAAACAGACUCAACAAAACUCUACGAGUACUGAUCGAUGAUCAACGACCGUACUUGGCUCCAUUGCAUCCAAACAGUCGCGGAAAUCAGGCGAUUGACGGAUGGUUCCCAACGGCGACGAUCAUCGUGGCUAUCUGUGGAUUCAUCGUUCUGCUAAUGAUCGCCAGUUUAGCUGUCAGAUGGCUUCAGCCUAUGCCAGCACAAAACGCAAAUAAAUUCGUGCCACAUCGAACAUCUAAUAACGGGCCACCCUUACUUGGACCACCGAAAGUGCCUCUGGUUUAAGAAAUUUCAUGACAAAGUUUCCCAAUAAGAGGUGUUCUAAGUAAUAGUUUAAUUAAUAGAGCUGGCUGCGCUAGUUUUGAUACAUGACUUGCAAAACCGGAGUUGUGCCAUACACAUACAUUUGUGUAGCAAAAUAUUUGUAUACCGAGUACUUCUACGUUAAUAUUAAUUGGGGAUAAUUUGUGUGU